CGUGACUUUGCGACUUCGAUGGAAACAUGUGUACACUCGGCAAACACUUUGCCGAAUGCCCGGAAAAUAGCACUCAGCAAAGACUUUUUUGCCGACGAAAAAUUUACCGUAUAUUAUGUGCCGAGUGCAAAGAGGCCAAAUAAGCUGUCUUCGGUAGUGAGCUAAGAGCACUAGGGUCUUUUUAUUCUCUUAGUCUACCGUGCAAAACAGUUUUUUUUUUUUGCAACACGGGUCACCAAAGCAACUUCUAGUUUCUCUAUCUAUGAAACCUCCUCGUGAACCUGAAAAUUAUAAAAAUAACAGCUUCACUAAUAAAACUCACAAAACCAAAACAUCUUUUAAUUAGGAUUCGGGAGAAUAAUUCAGAUAAUAAAUAUAUCUUGACGUGAAAUACAAAACGCGUACCUGUGGGAUCUUUGUGGACGUACGUCGAAAUAAUGGUCAUCUUUUAAAAAGAUAGAAUUCUAAAAGGAGGACGUGGAAAAAAGAAGCGAUAAUGUGGAACCUUGACUCCACUAGCAGUCAUCAGUCCAAGUCAUCAUCCAGGUCCGCAGUCGCCAUCCAUGGCGACGCCGACGUCGCCGCGCGCGUCGAAGUCAACCGCUGCCCGCGGCCGGCCACCACAGUUGACUCCAUCGACGACUUGGUUCUCCACCACUCCCUCUCCGUCUUCCACUUCCACCCAAAGCAGCGUCCACAAGAUCUCCACGCACGCUGCCGCCGGCCACGCGACGAUGGACACCCCGCUCGUCGCGCUGAUCGUCGUCGCCGGGACCUCACUCGCCGUCGCGGUGCCCUGCCUCCUCCUCGCCUUCCUCUGCCGCCGCCGUGACAGCAGCAAGAGCCAGCUCAAGCCACGCUGCUGCUCGGCAGCGGGGGCGGCGGCAGCGUCAAGGCUCCCGGUCUCCGCGACGGCCGGGACGACGACGGCGGACUGCGCGUCGUGGUCCUUCUACGGCACGCCCGCGGACGCCACGCUGCUGAAGCUCUCGCUCGCCGACCUCGCCGCGGCCACGGGGGGAUUCUCCCCGGACAACAUCAUCGGCGACGGCGGCUACGGGUUCGUGUACCGCGCCGUGCUCCCCAACGGCGUCGCGGUCGCCGUGAAGCGUCUAUCCGGCGACGGCGACGCGGCCGCCGGCAACCGCGAGUUCCGCGCCGAGCUCGAGGUGCUCGGCAGCCUCAGCCACCCGAACCUCGCGCGCCUGCUGGGCUACUGCGCCGCCGGCCGCGACCGCAUCCUCGUCUACGAGCUCCUGGAGCGCGGAAGCCUCGACGCCUGGCUCCACGGCACCGACGCCGAGGACGGCGGCGGCACCGAUUCGCUCCCCUGGUCCGCGCGGCUCCGCGUCGCGCGCGGCGCUGCCGCCGCGCUCGAGUUCCUCCACCACGGCCGGCACCCGCCCGUGCUCCACCGCGACGUCAAGUCCAGCAACGUCCUCCUCGGCGAAGGCUUCGAGGCCAAGCUCGCCGACUUCGGCCUCGCCAGGAUUGUCAGAGGAAGCCCUGCAAAAUCGCACGUCAGCACGCAAGCCGCCGGAACCGCCGGGUAUGUGGCGCCGGAGAUAUGGGACGGCGUGGGCGCAACUGCGAAGGCCGAUGUGUACAGCUUUGGCGUGCUGUUGAUUGAGAUAGUAACAGGGCACCGGCCAAGUUGGCCGAUGAAGGCCAGCAUGGGCGACAAGGAGGUGAAUCUGGUGGACUGGGCAAGGGAGAAGAUAGGUGCAGACGAGGCAUCGGGGAUCCUGGACCGCCGGAUGGGCAUUGAAGCACAAGGGAAGGAGAUGGAGGAGGCCAAGGCACUCUUGGAGAUUGCGCGGAGGUGUAUCGACAACGCUGCCAAGAACAGGCCCACCAUGGAGGAGGCUGUGGCCAUGCUCAGCAAGAUUUGAGGAUGUGGAAAUUGAAAUCAAGAUCUUGAUUGGUGCUCGAAUAACUGUAUGGUCAUUGCGUAGGAUGUUCAGGCUUGAGAAGAAGCUGAACACAGAAAAAAAAGUGAACUGUUUGUGAGAUGUCUUUGCUUGGUUUUUGCACAAAGGAAAGGGUACUGCUUGCAAAAGGCCAAGCUGUCCUGAUGUGCUUAACAGAGGUUGCCACAAGGCAUGGAUAUUUUUCUCCACAAAUAAAUCCACAUAGUGCUGCAGAAGUUUGGAGAUAGCUAGAUUAAUGUACCACUCUGUUGAUACUAAAGUUCAGAUCUCUGGGACUUUCUCUUUUUGGGAAUGAACACUUC